UAAAAUCAGUGAAAUAUAUAUAUCUGAAAAGCAUACAUAAAAUUUAAAAUAAAUGUUUCAGAAGUCCUGGGAAUGCCCACCCUCCGCUUGAAACUCGGGACAGCCGCUGCCAGCCCGUGUCGGCACUACGGAGCUUAGCCAGACCCGGCUUUGCAAAACGCAAAGCCCGGGUGUACUUGUUCCUGGGAGUUAGGAAACUGGCCGCUUAAGGGGUUAAGCCGAGCGAGCCGCGAUGCCUGGAAAGGCCUGGGAAUGAAUGGGUGAAGGUCUGGAGGAGGAAGAGGAGGGGGAAAGGGGGAGAGGAGGGGUUCCUUUUGAAUUCCUUAACUUGAUUUUUUGCAGACUCAGCUUCUGCUGGUGGAGGCAGCACGUGGAAGUUGCAGAGAAGCCCUUUCAUCACUGAAGAGAUUCCUGCUCCAUUUCUGAAUCUCCUGAGGUUUACUCCGUCGACUGAAGAUCCCGCUCCUAACUCCGAUCAGUGGAAGGGUGGCAGAGAUUUUUCCCAACUCCGGAAAGAAGAGCAAUUGUACACAACUGGGUUGCUGCCGUCGGUCUCCCCCGACAUGGCUGGUACCCAGGAUGCUGAGGCAACCGAGGGUCUCCAUCUUGAGACCGCGGCCGAUAACCCUGUGUGUCCUGUAAUCAAAAUGGAGGAACAGGAGCUCACAGUCCUUGGGAGCGAGGGGAUGGAAAGACCCGGAAAGGGGCUCUCCGUUGUUCACAGUUGGGGCUCCUGGUUUGGGGCGAUGCUGUCCUGGUUCGGAGCUUUUCCAAGGCAAGAGAGGCUGGAGGGUGUAAAGGAGGAGCCGGACGAGGCAGCCUGGGAAGGCCAGUGGCAGGCGUUCUUGAAGGCCGUGCCGAUGCCUCAGGCCGCCUGGGCAUGGUCGGCGGUGAUGGAGGAUAACCAAGAGGGCAGGACCAACCCUGAGGGGGCAGCGGAGGUCUGUGAGCAGCCAAGAGGGCAGGCAGGAACCAGCCUGCCCCCUGGGUCUAGAGGGCUCCAAGCCCUGGGACCCCCUGGGACCAGAACCUGCGGAGGGGCAAAGCGGGAGAAUCCCAGCGAGGAUGCUUCCGGGUCGGAGGCACAAUGGCGGCACUUCCGGCAGUUCCCCUACUUGGAAGCCAAGGGGCCCCGGGAGGUUUGCAGCCAGCUGUGGUUCCUUUGCCACCGGUGGCUGAAGCCAGAGAGGCACACCAAGGAGCAGAUCCUGGAGCUGGUGACUCUGGAGCAGUUCGUGGCUGUCCUGCCCUCGGAGAUCCAGCACUGGGUCAGGGGCCGAGGGGCCGAGACCUGCACCCAGGCGGUGGCCCUGGCCGAGGAUUUCCUGCGGAGGCAGCAAGAGGCUGGGGAAGCCACGUCGGAGGUGCCGGGAUCUCUUGCAGAGGCCGCUGGAAGUUUCUCUGAAGUGGACCAGGCUUCGCCAGAUGUUGGGGAGAGGAGCGCUGGUGGAGAUAUCAAACGGGAGAGCGAUGGGGAUGCCUCUGUGUUGGGUGCCAAAGGUUUCCUUUUGCCGAUCCCAGAGACGGGAACCUGUGGCCCUCCAGAUGAUGGCUGGGAGAGAGAAAAUGGCGGGGAGCCAUGUGUGGUGUUGCUGGAAAGAAUCAGGGAUAUGGAAGAAAAUGGCGGGGGCAAAGAAGGACCGAGGAAGAAACAUGGAAACGGCACUGAGAAGUGGAAGGAGAGGUCUGCUGUAUGUCCCAGGGGGGAAGGUCCUGAAUUUACAGCCAAGCAGAGGCUACAUGAAGGAAAGGGUGCAUAUCCAUGCAGUGUGUGUGUCAAAAGUUUUCCUUGCAAAUCUAGCCUUACUCGACAUCAGAUAACCCACACAGGGGAGAACCCACAUAAAUGCUCGCACUGUGGGGAGAAAUUCACUCGGAGAGCGAGCCUCAUUGUUCAUCAGAGAAUCCACACAGGGGAGAAGCCUUACAAAUGUUUCACAUGCGGGAAGAGCUUCAGCGUGAACUCCACCCUAAUCAGGCACCAGAGGAUCCACACGGGGGAGAAACCGUAUCAGUGCUUGGGCUGCGGCAAGAGCUUCCGCGAUAAGUCGAGCCACAUCCGGCACCAGAGGAUCCACACCGGAGAGAAACCGUACAGAUGCUUGGACUGUGGCGUCAGCUUUCGCGAUAAGUCUAGCCGUAUUCGGCAUCAGAGGAUCCACACGGGGGAGAAGCCCUACAAAUGUCUAGACUGCGGGGAAAGCUUUAGUCAGAGCUCGAGUCUUAUUAGACAUCGGAAAAUACACACAGGAGAGAUACCGUACUCGUGCUCAGACCAUAGGGGGAGCUUCCAUGAUAAAUCAAAUAUUAAAGAGCCCCACAAUGGUCACUUACUAGAGAAACUAGACAAAUAUGCGGACUGUGGUGAAAGCUUCAGUCAGGACACAUUCAACUCGAGCUACAGAGCAGCCACUCUGGAGCCAAAUAGUAGCCAUUCUCCUUGCUAGCUUUGCAGAAGAACACAGAAGAGAGCCAUAGUGACUUCAUUUGACACAAGUCUAAACUAUAGUGUCAUGUGAAUGAAUCUUUCAUCCCCCUAGGCUCAUGGAUUAACCCCCUUCACUCUCCUCCUCUGGUUUGCUUCCAUUUCCAUUUCAACCUAACCACAGUUUAGUGUGUCACCUGAGCCCUAAACUGUGGUUAAAUCUUAACUCGGGAAACAAGCCAGCUUCUGAUCAGAAACUUCCAUUUAUAUUUCAGAUUAACUGCCGCUUAAGUGUGUCAUCGGAACCCUAAAAAUGUGGUUCGAUAGGGAAAGCAAGUCAGAUUCUUAAACUGUGUCUCAGAGCUGACCUGUUCCCACGAACCAGAGUUCAGUUGCAGCACGACCUGUCUUGCGUUUGGACAAACUAUGGCUAAUGAAAACUGGAAGCAAAGCUUCCAAGCUCUUCCUCGAUGGAGGGUGGGCAGGGAGCUGCUGUUCCCAUCAUGCUAAACUAUCGUUAGCAGCGUGCCUGAACCAGCCGCUGUAGGUGCGGAAGCUACAAGCACAGUUUGCUCAAGCUACAGACUGGGUUGUGCAUGUAUACAGGCCACAAUUCCAUACAAGCAAGGGAACAUGGGAUCGUACAUCAGCUGCAAAACUGAGCAUCUUUCUUUUUUUAAAGAAUAAAUUAAUAAAAUUGAAAGUAUUAUAAAA